AUGGAGAGAAACCAUCAAAAUCGUCAGCAACGUGGAAACCAUGUCUCUUUGUCAUCCUUUUCUCAAUCAACAAGGCCCAAAAACACCAAAUUUUCAAACUUUAAUCAGUCCAGCAGUGCCACUAAUUGUGCUACUACUACGAAUAGAAGUAAUGCCCAUGACGUACCCCAGUGGAAACCCAGAAGAGGAAACACAAGUAGCUGCAAUACCCAGAAAGAAAUAAUCAAAACAGAAGAAGAUAAAGAAGAGGAUUCUUCAGGCUUUCCAAGACUAAUUGGAACUUGCCCUUUUAUGUGCCCAGAGAGUGAAAUGGCCCAGCGAAUGCGACUGAGAGAUUUAGCUGUGUUUGAGAGACUCCAUGGAAAUCCCAGGAAAACAAAUUCAGCCUUAGCACACAUGCAAGCUUCUGAUGUGCGGCCAUUUCCAGUAUUAGAAAACACUUUGGACUAUCUCUUAAACUUGCUGGAUUCAACAGACCUUCCUUUUGAAGUGGUUCAUGACUUCAUUUUUGACAGGACAAGGUCUAUAAGACAAGAUCUUAGCAUGCAGAAUAUUGUUGAUGAUAAGUCAAUCUACAUGUAUGAGAAAAUGGUACGGUUCCUUGGCAAAAACCUUCAAUUAUUUCCUCCUCCUAAGGGUGAUUGA